AUUAAGAGUAAUUAGACGUUAAUAUCAAAGCCCCAGAGAUCCCUAAAAAUGAAUUGGUACAAAACGAAAUAUUUGGCAUACUUAUGAAAAACGGGGAUCACUAAAAAGUUUUAAAGAUCCAAUUGAUUGACGGUAACUGAGUUUAAAGUUUCUUUUGAUGUAGAAAAGGGGAAGAAGAUGAAUACUGAUAGAGGAGGUCGAGUAAAUACCUUGCAGUUUCAAACAAUACACGCUGUUUCGAAAUAAUGUGAAUCUUCUUUGUUGCUGUGGAAGAAUAAGUGGUUGGCUAGCUAGCGUACAUGUGAGGAAAAUAAGUCUUCAUAUACGAUCAUGCAACCCUACCAUCAUUAAAAGUGUCACACUCUUCAUGGUUUCUUAUAGUGAGAUCUAGCUCCAAUACUAACUAGAUCGAUGGAGGAAGAAAAAAGAGAGAUAAGAGAAUCCAAAUACAUGGAUGAACUAAAAACUCGACCCAUAUGGAUACUUCUUCUUUCAUUUCUAGGCCUUCUUUUUUUUCUCAAGCACACUGCAUCAAUUUUGAGAUGGUUGUUCAUCACUUUCCUCAGACCAGCCAAGAAUUUGAAGAAGUAUGGUUCAUGGGCACUCAUCACAGCGCCAACCGAAGGUAUCGGGAAAUCCUUUGCGUUUGAAUUAGCUCGAAAGGGUCUCAACUUGAUCUUAGUUGGUCGAAAUAUAAAUAAGCUACAAAAUGUCACGAGGGCAAUUCAAUCCGAAUAUCCUAACAUCCAGAUCAAGAUUGUCGUAGUCGACUUCUCAUCGAGUGAUCUUUCGGUUGGAAUUCGAAAGAUAGAGGAAGCCAUUGCUGGUCUAGACGUAGGCGUGUUGAUAAAUAAUGUGGGUAUAACGUAUCCUAGUGCUAAAUUCUUCCAUGCAGUAGAUGAAGAAAUAUGGAUGAAUAUAAUAAGAGUAAACAUAGAAGGUACCACCAGAGUUACAAUGGCGGUUCUACCGGGUAUGUUGAAAAGAAAGAAAGGUGCAAUUGUCAAUAUUGGCUCUGGUGCUGCCAUUGUUGUACCUUCACAUCCUCUUUUUGCUAUAUAUGCUGCUUCAAAAGCGUAUGUGGAUCAAUGGUCGCGAAGCAUACACGUGGAAUACAAGGAUCAAGGAAUUGAUGUCCAAUGCCAGGUUCCGUUGUACGUGGCAACAAAAAUGGUGUCGAAAGUUGCAUCUAUAGAGAAAUCUUCUCUGUUUGUACCUUCACCAGAUGCUUAUGUUCGAUCAGCAGUGCGGAGGAUUGGACAUGGAGAACCAAGAUGCACUCCUUAUUGGACCCAUUCUAUUCAAUGGUGCUUUGCAUAUUACUUCAUCCCAGAGUUUUUACUCGAUGCCUGGCGCCUCUCUAUCGGUCUUCAUAGGAUUUGUGCAACCGAGCGUCUUUGAAGUCGGAUUAUUUUUUUCUCAGACAUUUACGUGUAAGAGAUAAUGCAACAGUUUUUACAUAUGAACACAAGAUUUGAGGUAUACUUAUUUUUAGUAGAAGCUACCAUAUGAUCCUAGGAAAAGUAUAAUUGAGUUAGUUUGGUCAUGUUGACCAAAUCAACUAUGUGUUUGGUCUUUUUUUAAAAUAUAUAUAAUUGUUUGGUCCUAAAUAUUACUGUUUGUUCCUAGAAUAGACAAUACCCAGU